AUGAAGCUGAUUAUUCUAUUUCUGCAAUUCUACUUUCUCAAUAAGCUCGACCAAGCGGUCCAUCAAUCUUCCGCGAGUGAGAUGAUCGGUUCGGCGGAUGGACUUAAGGAAAUUGCUAGCGGAUCAAGUAGCGCUCGCUCCUCGAAGAAAUGGAAACUUCCCAAGAGUUUAGCUGACAUUAAAAGCAACAGCAUCCCGUCACUCAAGUGGAAAUCCGCUCUUCGGGGUUUUAAAGCAGGAAAGAAAGACCCGCCACCCCAAGUAGGGCCCCCACCGACGGCUUCUCCACCUGUUCCAGGUAGUCCUCUUGGGGCCUCUCCCCCAGACGCCUCACACGCAGACGAUGUCUCGGAAGCAGAAAACCUUUCGCAUCUUUCUGAAUCAGACGCAGAAGACCUUUCGCAUCUUGCUGCCUCGGAGGAUGCUCAUUCAAUUCCGCAAGAACCCCAGGAUAACACUCCGUACCCUACGCACCAUCACCCUUAUCAGCCGCAACAUAGUGGUUAUGACCAGAGACAUUUGCCUUCGAGUGAUCAUGUUCCCCAGCCACAUCCUCAGUCACAGACACUCAAUGAUCAAGCGUUGGCUCGCAGGCUGCAAUAUGAAGAGUAUGCCCCUCACACUGGGGACAUUCCUUACGAUGUUGUCACUGACUUUUUGGGCAACAACCAUAACUACGACCAUGUUAAUCAACAUGGAUACAAUUAUGCGGAUCACAGAAGGGAAGAAGAAAUCGCCCAGCAACUUCAAGCCUCUUUAUCUCUAGAUCCUUAUGAUCAUCACGGUGAUUCAUAUAACAGGCUUUCCUUUGGUUAUGGGGAGAAUUAUGACUACCCUCAUCAGCAUGGAUCGGUUGUGCCAGACUGGGUUGGUGUUCCGUCUCAUCAGCAGAACCACGACUACUCUCAUCAAGACGCACAUGGAUCGGGUGAUGCACAUACCCCUCAUGGUCAAGAUUGGUCAAGCUGGGCGGACUCAUAUGGAAGUUACAGGCAAUAUCAUUAA